AUGUCCUUUCGCAAGCGCAAUGUAGGCCUUUCUGGCUCUGCGGGUCCUGGAGAAUCUCCACAACCGCACCCGAAGGAACCUGUUCAUCUGCCCGGAGUUCGUCCUUCGCCUAUAGAUGGACGACUCACGACGUCAACUGGCACGACCAGCUUUGAUUCCCUGAUUGCUGGACAUUCUGGACUCCCUCUUGGAUGCUCGGUCUUGAUUGAGGAGAGCGGAACCACAGACUAUGCUGGUGCGCUGAUGAGAUUCUAUGCCGCUGAAGGCCUCCUACAAAACCACCAUGUCCAUGUCGUUGGCAUGCCCGAACACUGGGGUCGAGAACUCCCGGGCGUUGUUGGGGAUUCAGAGAAGAAAGAGAAGCCAGCUGAAGGCACGGAGAAGAUGAAGAUUGCAUGGAGAUACGAGCAUAUGGGACAGUUCGGAGCCAGUACCAAUGCAAGAGAACGGCCACAAAGAGCCGUCGGCACGGGUUCAGAGACGGCGCCUGCGUCGUUCUGUCACACAUUCGACCUGACGAAGAGGCUUGUCCACCCAGCUUCAUCAAAGAUCGACUUUCUCCAAUUGAGUUCGAGCCCUUCAGAGUCACCUUUUGUACCGGUGAUGAAGCAGUUGUAUGCUUCGAUUUCGAACUCUGCACCAAACACGGUGCACCGCAUCGUCAUACCAUCGAUGCUUUCUCCCGCUCUUUAUCCCCCACAAUGCAGCCAGCCACAACAUAUUCUUAAAUUCCUGCAUGGCCUUCGGGCUUUGUUUGUGGAAUACCCUGGCAGGAUUAUAGCCAUGAUGUCGCUUCCCUUAUCGCUCUACCCGAGAUCGUCAGGACUGGUGAGGUGGAUUGAGCUGCUAAAUGACGGUGUCUUCGAGCUCGCUCCAUUUCCCCACUCGGCGGACGCGGAUGCGAACGUAUCUCGUGGGCCAGCUGGCACGGCAGAAGAACCGCCUCAAGGCCUAUUACAAGUCCACAGAAUACCGAUAUUGCAUGAGCGUGGCAGCGGAACCAGCACUUCAGAGAACGACUGGACUUUCACUCUGAGCAGGAGAAAGUUCAUCAUAAAGCCAUUCAAUCUUCCGCCCCUUGAGGGUGACACUGAAGCCCAGCAAACUUCGAGCUCAGAUCAAAAGACCAAGAAGGCCGAUGUGGAAUUUUGA